AUGAUUCAUGACGUGCUUCGCCUCUGGGUCGUUGCCGUCAUUUUGGUCACAUGGCUUGGCCUCAAAUCCGCAUAUCGCCUGUUCUUUCACCCCUUGGCCGGGAUUCCUGGCCCGAAAAUAACAGCAUGCACACAGUUGUACGAGUUCUUCUAUAAUGUGGUCCGACCGGGUAAAUUCCUGUUCAAAAUUGAAGAGAUGCACCAGCAAUACGGCCCCCUUGUUCGCAUCAACCCCCGCGAGGUUCAUAUUAGCGACCCGUCCUUCUACGAUGAAAUCUAUGCUUCGAGUCGCCGAACGCGUGACAAAGAUCCCAAGUUUGUGCCUACAUACGCGCUGCCCGACUCCAUGGUGGCCACUCGAUUGCGGGAAUUUCAGAGGAACCAAUCUGUGCUAUGCCUCGAUGAUGCUUUCGCAGCACUAACCUCGGACAUCAUCACGUCUUACUGCUGCGGAAAGCACGGGGGCUUCUUAGAGGAUGAAUAUUUUCGCAAUGAUAUUCGUCGUGCUACUGCGGAUGCCAUGGAGUUAGGACAUAUUUGCCGGUUUUGCCCCUGGCUGGUGUAUGCACUGCGCAUCCUUCCACCUCGAGCCAUCGCCACCCUCAUGCCAGGAAAAGCAGCAGUAUUCGAGUUCCUAGCCUCGCUCUUGGACGACCCAGGCACGGCUAUGCAUGAAAAAACGUCACCUACUCCAACGACAAGCUCCCAGCUGACAAGGAAAACUAUGGUCGCCGCCUUGGCGGAUCCUAGUAUUCCACUGAAGGAACGAAGCUAUAACCGACUGCGCGAUGAAACGUUUGCCAUUAUUGCCGCUGGGACAGAAACGACGGCUCGUGUUUGGACGGUUGCCGCUUACCAUCUCGCCCGGGACGAGGACCUUCGAGACACGCUGCGAGCGGAAUUGAAGAGGGUGAUGCCCACGCUGGAUGCGAGGCCGACUUGGCCUGAGCUUGAAAAGUUGCCCUACAUGAGCGGCGUUGUUGAUGAAUCCUUACGCCUAUCGUAUGGAUUGACAGGACGGCUGCCCCGUGUUGCGCCGACAGAGGCUCUAAAAUACAAAGAUUACGUCAUUCCCUCUGGGACUCCAAUCAGCAGCUCUAGCUACAUUCUCCACCGGGACGCUUCUAUUUUCCCCGACCCGGAACGAUUCGACCCCGAGAGAUGGGUCAAGGCGGCACAGAAUGGAGAUAACUUGAAGAAGUACCUGACUUCAUUCACGAGGGGGAGCAGAGCGUGUAUCGGCAUAAACCUCGCGUACAUGGAGUUAUUCUUGACAGUUGCUCAUCUAGUUCGUCGGUUUGACAUGGAACUGUACGAUACGGAGGCAGAAGAUGUCCGAAUUGUGCGAGAUAUGAAUAUGGGAUAUACGAGACGGGGUAAUCUGAGAGUUUACGCCAAGUUGUCAUUAGCGGAAGGGUAG